CAACUUGCAAAGGCGCUGGAAGGCAGGCGCCUCGUGUCCAUUCGUACACCGGAGCGGAGCCGAGCGGAGCCAGUCAGAGCGAGGGAUGUGAAGCGACGCCGAGCCGCUGUGGGGAGGGUCUCCUCAACUUGCUCAGACCCAACAGAGGCGGGGGGGGGGGCGGCGGCUUCGUAGUUCUUACCCUUCUUCUUCUUCUUUUUUUUUGUGGAACGCUCCUCGCGCCCAGGGAGACUCCUCUCCCCCUCCCCACCAGCUCCCAAAGAAACCCCACCGACCGAGCCCUUUUCAUGCUCUGGUGGCUCCUUCGCCCCUUCCCCAACUUUGGGUGACUUUUCUCCCGCCUCCCCUUUCUUUCCUUCGGGGCGCAGCACAACCUCCUCCUCCUCCCAUCGCCCAGGCGACCGUCCUCCAUCCCCUCCUCCCACCCCGCACCUUCUCCCCAACAUGCCCGAACAGCUCAGCGUCUCGGAGUUCGUGGCCGUCACUUCGGAGGAUCUCAGCUCGCCGCUGGCCUCCGGCUUCGCCGCCAAGAUGCAGAAGUGCCGGGGCGCAGUGGGGGCGCUGGAAGAGAGUUUGGAUGGAGACCAAGCCAUUCUUCAGCGGAUCAGGAAAUACGUGAAAGCGAUUCAUGUUUCUGGGCUCACUCAUGUGGAGAACGAGGAACAAUACAGUGAAACUCUGGAGAACUUUGGCAAUAACCACCUUUCUCAGAACAACCACGAACUUUCCACGGGCUUCCUCAACCUGGCUGUUUUCACCCGGGAAGUGACGGCGCUUUUGAAAAACCUGGUGCAGAAUCUGAACAACAUAGUCUCCUUUCCUCUGGACAACCUGUUGAAAGGGCAGCUGAAGGACACCCGGCUGGAUUCCAAGAAGCAAAUUGAAAAGGCUUGGAAGGAUUACGAGACCAAAGUAGCUAAGCUGGAAAAGGAGAAGGAGAGAGCCAAGAUAUCUGGAGUCAUCCAGACAGAACCUUCGGCCGCCGAAAUCACGGAGGACCUGCAGAAGGAACGCCGCACUUUCCAGCUGCAGAUGUGUGAGUAUCUUCUGAAAGCCAACGAAUGCCAAACGAAGCAAGGGCCAGAUUUUCUGCAGAGCCUCAUCAAGUUUUAUCAUGCGCAACAUAAUUUCUUCCAAGAUGGCUGGAAGGCAUCUCAGAACCUCUACCCAUUCAUCGAAAAACUAGCCGCCUCCUUACAUGCACUUCGUCAGGCUAAGGAAGAAGAGGUAAAACAGCUCACUCAGAUCCGUGAUUCCCUCCGAGGGAUCCUGCAGCUGGAGAACAAAGGGGAGAACCUCAAUAGAAAGAAUUCUGGCAGUGGGUACAGCAUCCAUCAGCAUCAAGGCAAUAAACAAUACGGGACUGAGAAGUCUGGCUUCUUAUAUAAGAAAAGUGACGGAAUUCGGAAGGUGUGGCAGAAGAGAAAGUGUGGGGUGAAAUACGGAUGUCUCACUAUUUCUCACAGCACAAUAAACCGUCCUCCAGUAAAGUUAAAUCUCUUGACCUGCCAAGUGAGGCCGCAUCCAGAGGAUAAGAAAUCCUUUGAUCUUGUGACACACAAUAGAACAUAUCACUUCCAAGCCGAAGAAGAGCAAGACUGUAUAGUGUGGGUGUCGGUGCUCCAGAACAGUAAGGACGAAGCGCUUAGCAAUGCUUUCAAGGGGGACCCCGGAGGCUCCGUGUCUUCAUCUGGAAGCGUGGCUGACAGCGGAUUGCAAGAACUCACCAAGCUCAUCAUCGAUGAAGUGAAAAACAUGCCAGGAAAUCGAUGGUGCUGUGAUUGUGGAGCCCCAGAUCCCACCUGGCUCUCCACCAACCUUGGAAUCUUGACAUGUAUCGAAUGCUCAGGGAUUCACCGUGAAUUAGGGGUGCACUAUUCCCGCAUCCAAUCUUUGACCCUAGAUGUGCUCAGCACGUCGGAAUUGUUGCUGGCAGUCAGCAUUGGAAACGCCAAGUUUAAUGACAUCAUGGAAGCCACCUUGCCAAUGCAGAACAGCCCCAAACCUUCCUCGAGCAGCGAUAUGAAUACCAGGAAGGAAUUCAUCAUGGCUAAGUAUAUGGAACGCAAGUAUGUCCAUAAAGCUACCAAAGAAGAUCCUUACCGAGUCUGGGAAGCUAUCCGAAGCAGGGAUCUCUUGGCACUGCUCCAGGCUUUUGCUGAAGGCCACGAUCUGUCCAAACCUCUCAUCAGUCCUGAAGGUCAGGAACAAGGUGAACCAGCCUUGCAUUGGGCAGUACGCUAUGCCAACAAAACUUCCCUUCCAUUGGUGGAUUUCAUUAUUCAGAAUGGGGGAAAUCUGGACCGACCCACUGCGGAUGGGAACACAGCCUUACAUUACGGAGUCCAAUAUAAUCAGCCCAAUUGCAUCAAGUUGUUACUGAAAGGGAAAGCUUCUACAAAGGCAGUAAAUGCAGCUGGUGAAACGCCUCUAGACAUGGCAAGAAGAUUCAAGAAUGCUGAGUGCAAAGACUUGCUGGAGCAGGCCCAGGCUGGGAAAUUGGCUAUGCAGAUGCACGUGGACUACGACUGGGAAACUUCUCAGGAGUUCUCGUAUGACAGUGAAGACGAGCUGGAUGAAAAGAUUAGCCCACUGCACCGAUCUUUUGGGUCUUCACCAUCUCCAACCACCGGCCAGCCCAUUCUCUUCUCUCCAAAUCGCUGGGGCUGCUCUGGCAUGGAUAUCAGCAACAAGACCUACGAGACCAUUGUGAUCCCUUCUCAGCCUGGUCAACGAAACUCAACCAAUGAGAAGACCCCACCGCCACUGCCGCUCAAAAAGCCUCCUAAAGGGAGCAGCAAACCAAAACCAGAUGCCUCUGAAUCACUACCCCAUUCGCCAGAAAGCCCUGACAUUUGGAACUCAUCUGUUUCCAGCAUCCCCGGCGUGUUGGAGGGUGGCCCAUUCUGGCAGUCGCCCAACUUCCGUAACUCUAUGGAAGUCAAAGGCACAGCCUAUUGGGAGACCUGCUCUGACGUCGGGGGUGCCUCCCAACGGCGCAGAUCAGAGCCUACUCAGAUGACAGCUCUGCAGCCUUCCCCUGGAACCUCUCCUGAACCAGGACAAACAGCCCCAGUCAAAUUCAGCUCAGAGAGCACCAGGUCCUAUCGACGGAUUAGUAGCAGCUCGGUGGGUAAAUUUUCCAGCAGCCCCCUUUCCCCGCAGGGCCCCGGUUGCCUGGAAGAAGCGUCUUUAUGCAAAACUGCGAUGCCAGGGCCGUCACCUCUGCCUGUGCCAACGCCACGAAGAUUUGCACCAGCCAAAGGACGGUUAAAACGAGUCAAGGCCUUGGCUGACUGCAAAGGGGACAAGGCCCGCGAGUUGACUUUCUCCAAGGGCGAAGUCAUCGUAGUAACACGGGAAGAGGACGAACAAAAUUGGGUUGGAUUCAUUGAAGGUGAUGGCACAAGGACAGGUGUCUUUCCUUCCAACUUUGUCCAGCCGUUGCAAGACUGAGUGGACCCAGGUUGGUCUUCUCUGAAAAGAUGAGGCAGCAUGGACUGCUCUGGAGACGGACAAGGGGUGGAACCUUGCCGGAUCUCCAUGGAUGCCCUGGUCUUCAUGGGAUGUCACUUCCUUAUUCAGUUCCAUGAUAACGUUGCUAGGAAGAGAUGGUGGAAUCUGGCUUUUGAGACUCUUUUUUUUUUUUUGGUAGACAGAAAUGGGGAGGGGCCAUGGAGAAAGGACACAUAUAUGUCAAUGUGACUUGAUGGACCACUUUUUGUCCCUUCAAUUGCGGAGGGUAGUAUGUGACACUCAUCGUGUAGCAUAGAGGGUCUACUACGAAAUCAUCUAUUUUUGCCAUUGGGUCUCAUUCAGAUCGUCCUGUGCCCACUUUGAGCCGUUGAGGAACGGAUCCAAGUUCUUCAGUGCACCACUUGAUUUAAUAUCAGUCUCAGUUUCCAUGUCAACAACCAUGAGGGAGCAGGAGUAUUUAGAAAGUAGUUUUCGGGGUGGUGGGGUGGAAAUUGCAAGGAACCAAUGCUGAAGAUUGUUUGGGAAGCCUUGGGGGUUGGUCAGUAAUCCUUGCUCCAAUCGUAUGAGUCACCUUUGUGUUUUGUUCAUGGGGAAAUGAUUCCUCUAUUGCAGACUAUAUGACUCUCUGCAAUAGAAGAUUCUGGAUUUUGCCUCAGUCUGGUUGACGUCGUCGUUAACUCAAGUCGAAGGGAUCUCCCCUCAGCAGAGUAUCACCACCUUAUUUUCUCAGAAUCUGUCUCCCUUCUAGGACACCUCUAAACAAUUUUUCUCUAAACCAGGGGUCUCCAACCUUCUAAACCAGAAGUUGGAGGAAUUCUGGCUGAGGAAUUCUGGGAGUUGAAGUCCACAAGUCUUAAAGUUGCCAAGGUUGGAGACCCCUGCUCUAAACAACUUCAUUAAAAAGAAAAACCUCACUUUGAUGGGUAGAAAUCCCUGCUGUGCAAAGUUGUUUUAAAAAUACUGCAGGCAAGAACUAAUUGUCUGAAAGGGACAAGGGGCCAUUUAAGAAAUCUGCAGAAAAAUAUUUGAGGCAGCACCGUCAUGCUUGCUUGUAGUCCUCAGCUAUUAUUUUAUCUGCUCAGUGUUGAACAUUAUACGUCUGUAAUUUGAAGGGGCUUCUGACACGAAGAGCUGAUAAAAAACCUCAGUUUUCAAUAGAUAGAAAUUUGGAAACAUUUCAAUGGACUUGCUGAUUUAGAAGAAAAAAGUACUGCUAUCUGAAGCUUCAUCACGGUCAGAUCUAGAUUAAAUAAACUGAAUGUAGAUUUCCAUGAAACUUACGGGUUGAGUCCUGACAAAUACUCUCUGCAUCCACUGGGAGUGAAAUGCAGCUCACUUCAUUGGAAUUCAACCUUUUUCCUCAAAUGCCAAAUAUAACUUGCAGUUUUCUCUACCUCUUGCUGAGCUCAAAUGGAGGGCAUGAGAGUUUUGGCUAAGUGGAAAAAAAUCCAACAGAGGAAAUCCAGCUGUGAUCAUCCAAAUUUACCUUUCUAGUACUAUUGCUAAAGUAAGACUUCGACUUUUUUUUUUAAAAAAAGUCUUGUUAUUUAAAAUAAGUAUAAUACAGGUAGUCCUCGACUUACAACUACAAUGGAGCCCAAAAUUUUUGUUGCUAAAUGAGAAAGUUGUUAAGUGAGUUUUGCUCCAAUUUAUGACCUUGCUUACCACAGUGGUUAAGUGAAUCAUUGCAGUUUUUAAGCUAGUAACACGGUUGUCAGAUGGCUUCCCCAUUGACUUCGCUUGUCAGGUGGUCACAAAACGGGAUCAUAUGAACCUGGACACUGCAGCUGUCAUAAGUGCAAGUCAGCGGCCACAGUCUGAAUUUUGAUCAUGUGACCUGGGGAUGCUGCCACGGUUGGGUAAAAAAUGGUCCUAAGUCACUUUUUUCCAAGGCUGUUGCAACUUUGAACGGUCACUAAAUGAAACUGUUGUAAGUUGAGGACCCCCUCUAAUGAAAACAGAUGUGUGUCCCUUCAAAUGUUACUUCUGAAGCUGCCUCCAAGCUUUAGAUGUUAACCAAAUAUCAUGCAAAGUGCCUAUGUGGUUAUGAAAAAUUCCUUAAGAGGUUAAAUCUCUUCAUCGCUCGGAUUUUCCCAGUCUGGUUUGACCAGUUUUAAAGAGUCAGACUUUUAAAACUACAUAUAGCGCCCCCCCCACCCAAUUCACCAUUGUGCAAACCUUUCAAUGCCAGGUCUUUUGCAAAAUCCGCCCGUCUCUAGGCUUAUUUAAAAUUUGCAAAAUUAAAAAAAAGAGAGAGAGAGUCAGAUAGAGAGAAAAACACAGUGACACAAAGCGAAUGUUUGCUGUGUUUUAAAACAGUAAGAGGCUGAAUUUUGCGGUACAACCUGAUCUCAACAAACAUGGUUUUAUUUUAUUUAUUUUUGUUUAGCCAAGGUAACAACCGGAGUUUUUUCAUUUUCCCUGAACAAACAAUAAUCAGGAACAUUGUUAAAUGGACUGGAUAGAAAAUUAGACCGAUGAAAAGUGUGUCUUAAGAACAAUGCCACUUAAUCCCCAUUUUCUUCGAGUCCUAUGAAUGAGAGGCAUUGCCAUUUUUCUUGUUCGUGCAGGAUUAAUCACAAUAUAGAAAAGUCCAGCAGUUCAGAUACAUAGUCAGGCAAAAUAAAUAAAUAAAUAAAAACCUAGAGCAGGAGGUCUUCAAACUUGGCAGCUUUAAGACUUGUGGACUUCAACUCCCAGAAUUCUCCAGCAUAGCUGGCUGGAGAAUUCUGGGAGUUGAAGUCCACAAGUCUUAAAGCUGCCAAGUUUGAAGACCUCUGACCUAGAGAAAUGGACUUGUGGAUACUAGUAACAGGUAGAAGGAAUUAUGAAGAAAGAUUUUAACGCCGAAAGGCAAAGAGGUCGGUCAAUGUACAAAGGUAUAUGUAACAAAGCCUUGGCUUUGGAUUUUCAGUUUAUUAACCUAAAAUUUUCGUUUGUUUUUUUAAACGUAAAUCCUCUGUAAGGAAAGAGGAAUGAGAAUAUGAGAAGGAAAUGCUAAUUACGGACAACAUUCUUGAUGCAGGAGACUUUUGCUUAUAGGAAUGAUAGCUAUACAGAUAGUCCUCAAUUUACAACACUUCAUUUAGUGACCGUUUGAAGUUACAACAGCACUGGAAAAUGUGACUGAUGCCCCCCCUUUCAUGCUUAACAACCAUUGCAACAUCGCCGUGGUCAUGCGAUCAAUAUUCAGAUACUUGGCAAUCGACUCAUAUUUAUGACAGUUGCAGAAUCCUGGAGUCCUGUGAUUUGCAACCUUCUGACCAAGUCAGAUGGUCAAACCAGAUUCAUUUAACAACCAUGUUGUUAACGACUGCGGCCAUUCCUUAACAACUGUGGCAAGAAGGGUGGUCAAAAGUCAGUCAACGAUUUCUCACUUAGCAAUGGAAAUUUUGGGCUCCAUUAUGGUCGUAAGUCGAAGUCUAUCUAUACCUAACUCUAUUGUGUAGCCCGGAUUAGAGUUGUGACAGUGUCAAAUGGCCUUGUUGUGACGUUUGAUGCAGUGGUGGGUUUCAAAUUUAUUUACUACCGGUGCUGUGGGUGUGGCUUAGUGGGCGUGGCAUGGCAUGGUGGGUGUGGCUUGGUGGGUGUGGCAGGAGAAGGAUACUGUAAAAUCCCCAUUUCCUCCCGAUCAGCUGGGACUUGGGAGGCAGAGAAUAGAUGGGGGUUGGGCCAGUCAGAAUUUUUACUACCGGUUCUCCAAACUACUCAAAAUGUCCGCUACCGGUUCUCCAGAACUGGUCAGAACCUGCUGAAGCCCACCUCUGGUUUGAUGGCAUUAGACGUUCCUCCAUAUUUGGAGUCUGUGACUUCUGCGAGCAGCAUUGGCUCUCGCUAUCUUGAGAUCAGCGUCCCUGCUUAUUAUAGAAUUUGUACAUUCGGUUAUUUUCUUGUCUCCAGCUAACAUGCUAAUGAAAUCUCAGGGACGAAACCUUUGACAAGAGCAUGGCACAUUUGAAAGCAUGCAUCUGUCUUGAAAAUGAAAGCCCCAUAUUAACCGUUUUAUCAGAUUUCCUCUGUUCUACAGAACAGUCUGGGGUAGCAGCUCAUUUUUCAAAUAGCAUUAGUUUUGCUCUGAAAUAACUUCCGACUAUCUUCAGCAGCAAUUUUAAAGGAAAAAAAGCAUCGCUAAAUAGACUCAAGCAUGAAAUGCCAUUUUAGCUCCAAAUGCUGUGAUGAAACUGCAGUCCACAAUAGGACAUAUUGAAUAUUUCAGGGGCUGCCAUAGGAAGAGGGAUGGAGGGGUGUCAAUGUAUUUUCUAAUGCACCAGAAGGCAAGACAAGAAACAAUGGAUGCGAACUGACCAGGGGUGAAAUGCUACGGUUCAAGCCAGUUUGCCUGAACUGGUAAUAAAACUGCUACUGGUUCAUAGUAAAAGUAAAAAAACUUUUAAAAAAAGUUCCAAAGAUCAGCUAAGCGAUGCACAAUCGUUGGAACUUUUUUUUUUUACUUUAAAAAGUUUUUUUUAUUACCCGUUCUCCACAGAACCAGUAGUUAAAAAUGCUUUUAAAAAGAAAACAAAAGUUCUGACAAUCUCACGUCACAGCUGUGAUCGUCGAAACCUUUUUUAAAACCUUUUUAAAGCCUUUUUUAUUACUGGUUCCGGAAAACUGGUAGUAAAAAAUGCUUUAAAAAAGUUUUUUAAAAGGUUCCCAAGCUCGUGCGCCACGGCUGAUUUCCCCCCACUGCUGUUCUACUUACCUUUCCAAGCUUCCUUUUCAUGCGCACUGCGCAUGUGUGCGCACGGCGCAUAUGCAAAGCCAGCAAACCGGUAGCAAACCGCUUCACAUUUCAUUACUGAAACUAACGAGGGAGAGAAGCAACCUAGAACUAAGGAGAAAUUUACUAACGGUGGGAAUAGUUAAUCAGUGGAAUGCCUUGCCUUCAGAAGUUGGAGGUGCUCCAUCACUGGAGAUUUUCAAGAAGAGUAUGGACAGCCAUUUGUCUGGAAUGGUAUAGGGUCUCCUGCUUGAGCAGGGGGUUGGACUACAAGACCUCCAAAGACCCUACCAAUUCUAUUGUUCUAUGCUCUGGAUCUAUUUCAUUAUCUUUUUUUUUUUUAAAGAGACGAUUUCCAAAUGAAUUGUCAGCAACAUCUUAUGGCAAAUGAGGAAAUGUCAGAUGUUAUUCUGUUAUCUCCUUGUGCUUGGAUCCUGGAUGAUUCUUAUUCCCAGAUAAAUAUUCCUGGAGACAAAAGUGCAAUUCUGUGGCUCUAUGAAUCAAAAAAUGAACCUUCCUAUAUUCAUUGCUUUUCCCAGAUAAGGUUGUCCAAAAUUACAUCUGUUUAGAUCAGAGACAUUUUAGUCUCCCAGUGUUUAGGGAUUUAGAUCCAUCAUCUUUAAUUUAGCAUAAAUUAAAUGUGGUCAAAGAUUUAAGUAAGAAUGGAGAGAAUUUAGCUUCUUUUAAUCCCUUAUACCUGGAGGCCAAUAGUUUGCCAGUGUCAACUCAUUAAAAUAUGUGGUUAACUAAACAGUUUCAUCUUAGCAGAUCAUGACACAUGAUUCAUCUUGUCUGGGCUUGGAAGCUAAGCAGAGUCAGGCCAGGUUAAUACUUGAAUGGGAGACCUCCAGGGUUGUUAGCUAGAUGUGAAUUUGGGGGGAAAGUGUCCUGGAAAAAGUUAAUGGCAAACCACUUCUAUCUUGUUGUGAGAAAACAAUAUAGACAAGCCUAUGAUGUCAUCGGGAGACAAACUUGAGUCAGAGAUUUCCUUUUUUAAAAAAAGCACUUUAUUAGUAAAACUGCAGAUUAACAAACUGCAUCUAAGAAUAAUGCGCCACAAAACAGCUCUUGGGCUCAUCCUUUUAAGAUUGCCCAUCACUUUUGCAGAGAUUUUCUUACUAGUCACAAGAAAAAUAUCUGAAAGAUAUCUAGUAGGAUUUUCUGGAAAGAAAACGUGCUUUCAAAGGUGAAGGGACUUCUCAAAUUCUUCCUUGGUGGCGUAUGUAAUUUGUUCAGUGUCACAGCAGUGCUGUGUGUGUUUGCAUCCACACACUACCUGUCAUGGAGAAUUAUUUGUCAAGCGCCAGGAAAAUUAAGAGACCUGGACCGUUGUUAUAGGUAAAAAGAUUGAUUGCAAGCCUAAGCUGUCUACAAGAACCUGAACUAUCAACAGCCGAGGGAAAUUAGUGGGAGAUAAGAGUAGAAGGUAUUCAAGGUGGGCUGGAUUUAGAUCUUUUGUGGGGACUCAUGACUGAUGAUGCAUUCGACCCUGCCCCUUGGCCUCAUCUCCUACAUCAGUGAUUUUCAACCUGUGGUUUGUGGAUUCCUGGGGGGGGGGCUGCAAUGUCACAGAGGGUCUGCAAAGACUUGAAGCAAUUUUAUAAUUUAAAUCUUGAAUUAAGUCUUGGUGGUCCAUGGCCACAAAAGGUUUUUAAAGGGGGUCCAUGGUGAAGAAUAGAUUGAGAGCCACUGGUCUACAUCAGUAGUGGGUUUCAAUUUCAAUUGCUACUGGUUCGCUCAUGAGUGCGUGUGCACUCAUGCGCACACAUGACGUUUCUGCACAUGCACAGAAGCUUCUGCACAGAGACAUCUGGGCAGGUGGCCGGAGCCUCCCACUGCCGCUACUGGGACGAACCAGUAGCAACCCACCACUGGUCUAUAUCAUUUCAUUCCCGCUGCUGACGCCACACUUCCAUUCAGCCCCAAGGAAGGACAUCAGGAAAGAAUCCUCCCCCCCCCCCCCCAGAUUUGAGAAGAGUGAGCAGCCAGGAAGCCUACAGGAUGAUAGGAAGCCAUAUUAUAAGAAACAGUUUCAACAAUAGUUGCACUCUCGCUCACUUCUCAAAUGUACCCAAGAACUUCAAAAGAAAUUCCCAAGAAUACUGCCUGAGAAACAAAAGAAAAACAAAAGAAAAAGAAGGAAAACGGUAGCACUUUUUCUGGCUAACAGAGUUUAUUAAAAAGCAUCAUCAUUAAUGAACUAAAGUGCACUCAUUUAAUCCUGUGUUUUAAUAAGAUUUGUUAAUCAGCAAUGGUGAUACCCGGAUUUUUGAUAUUUUUGCCUACAGGAUGAUAGGAAGCCAUAUUAUAAGAAACAGUUUCAACAAUAGUUGCACUCUCGCUCACUUCUCAAAUGUACCCAAGAACUUCAAAAGAAAUUCCCAAGAAUACUGCAUGAGAAACAAAAGAAAAACAAAAGAAAAAGAAGGAAAAUGGUAGCACUUUUUCUGGCUAACAGAGUUUAUUAAAAAGCAUCAUCAUUAAUGAACUAAAGUGCACUCAUUUAAUCCUGUGUUUUAAUAAGAUUUGUUAAUCAGCAAUGGUGAUACCCGGAUUCGUCCUGAUAUUUUUGCUCCCGUGAUUAGAGUCACCCUGGAGGGGAGUUGGGUGGCAUAAAAAAUUAAUAAUAAUAAAAAAAACGAAUGAAUGAAUGAAUGACAACUUUUCUACAAAGAAACAAGCCUUUUCAGCAGGCAAAAAUACUUAGAAAUUAAAAGGAAGAUUUUUAUACAGCCUUAAUACAAUUAGGACUGUCUUCUUUCUGAUAUGAUUCAGCAGUGGGCUGUCACCUCUACAUUUACUAGUUGCAAAUGCUUAAAAAUGAGGGUGUCUCAUUUCCUUCGUGUAUAUCGCAAGAUAUAUUCAGACUAGAAACUUGAAAGGAUAUCAAUGUUCUUGAAAAAGAUCUUUUGGUACUAUGACUAGUUUGCUGGACCCAAUUGUCUCUCGUUGCAAAAUGAAAUUACAACAAAUAGCCUCUUUGUGGUAAUAAUGCAUUUUAAAAAAAGACACGAUAUUGUUUCUUCUUUUUUUAUUACUGAAUGUCUCAUAACAAAAAAUACCUUUUCCGUCCUCGGUUUCUAAUAAAGUUUUUAAAAAUGUA